AUGGUGCCUUCUCGCCUGCCAUUUGGCUCGCUGUUCUCAACCCGCUCACGCUCUUCACCACCAGCGUUGAGCGAUGAAAGUUGGCUAGACGCGAAGAAUUUGUAUGGUCUCGAGAAGUCACUCGUGACCAGCUCAGUCAUGGAGCCCAGACGAUCUACCGCGAAUCGCCCUAGCAGGCAAACUCGCAGGAUAGCCCUCCUGCUCAUGGGAUGUGCAGCAGCCUUUUUGUUUCUACACAGACUUUUCAACAAUUCCUCCACGGGAUCUUUCACACAUCGAGCGCCAUUACCGCAAUCCCAAUCUCCCGUUUCCGUAACCUUCCCCAAGAAAAUUUGGCAGUCAUGGAAAGUCGAUCCAACACGAUUCGAGGACAGAGAUUCUGAGCGGGCAAGAACGUGGACGGUCAAGAAUCCGUCCUACCGAUAUGAAGUGCUCACAGAUGGCAACUCCAUGUCGUGGGUGGAAGAACACUAUGGUGCAACUGGCCUAAACCGACCAGAUAUCGUCAGCACGUUCAAGGCGCUAGAAAAUUUGAGAAUCAUCCAAUCCGAUUUAUUACGUUAUCUAAUCAUGUACGCUGUUGGAGGAGUGUACACAGAUAUCGACGUCGAAGCACUCAGAUCUAUCGACCAGUUCAUUCCUCACCGGGUCGAUGUGAAUGGCAUCGAUAUGCUUAUCGGCGUGGAGACGGAUGAACCCAGACUAAAGGAUCAUCCCAUUCUUGGCUCUAAAUCGCAGUCUUUCUGCCAGUGGACAUUCAUGUGCAAACCUCGAGUCCCGGUCAUGAUGAUGUUGAUUGAACACAUUCUCGAGUGGCUUAAUGAGCUCGCCAAGAAACAAGACGUACCUAUUUCCAAGAUAAAGCUCGACUUUGACGAAGUUUUAAGCGGCACGGGCCCUUCUGCAUUCACCACAGCUAUUCUCAAAUUUAUGUCCGACGUAACUGGCAAAAAGGUUACCUGGAAUGACUUCCACAACCUGGAAGAGUCUACAAUUAUGGGACGAAUCUUGGUCCUCCCAGCGGAGGCUAUGGCGGCUGGCACUGGACAUUCGGAUUCUGGGAACCAUGGCGGCAGGGGAGCACUCGUCAAGCACCAUUUCCACGCCUCAACCUGGACAGACACUCAUCCUCGUUAUAAGCACCCAGUUUAUGGCGAGGUCGAAACCUGCAACUGGAACGUAGACUGUGUGGCGCUUUGGGAUUCCAACACGGCAUUCUUCGCCAGUCUUCCCCAGGAAACGCAAUUGAAGAUGAUUGAAAUUAAGAAGGCUGACGACGCUCAAAAGCUCAAGGAAACAGGAGUCCAGGUACCCAAAGAUGAACCACCACCUGAAAUUGCUCCUCCCGCCGGACAGCCUCCCAUGGAUACUACCCCGCGGGCCGAAGGAGCUCCAACAGAGAAAGAUCGACCCGCCGCAAGAUUAGAAAAUGUCGACACGAAGCCUCCAGGGGACGCUCAUCAGGGCAAAGCAGAGCAGAAACAACCCGCCUAG